AGUAAUAAAUAAGAUAAUUAUGUAAGGUAGUAGUUACCUUUCCAUCCUCCUUGAGGUACUUUGAUUCAAUGUAAGCUAGUACAAACACCAUUUUUUUUAAAGUUUAAAAUCAAAAUUAUUAAUUUAACGAAAAGAGUUAAAAACACUUUUGGAGAUCUUGUAUAAAAUUUAAUAUUGUAAAAUAUCUCACUCGAAUUUUGACUUGACACUGGGAAAAUGGCACUCUGCAACACUGGUUUUGCGGCAUUACUGUUUACGAAUUGGGUGGAAAGCGAAACUGAGUUUUUUUGUUGACUGAAAAGCAAUGAAAUAACCAAUUGUAAUGGCGGGUAAACGUGUUUUGGUCAUCGAUAAUGGAUCCUACGAAUGCCGCGUGGGCUGGAGCGACUCCAAGGAGCCGGACUUGCGGUUCCGCAAUGUGCUGACCAAGCCGCGCAAGGAUCGCAAAAAGGAAGCAGCUGCUUCGGAGGGAUCCGCAUCGCAGACAACAGUGGAGCAAUCUGCCGAGAUCCAGGUGGGCAAUGACAUCACCAACAUCGAGGCGGUGCGUGCGCAUCUGAAGAGUCCAUUCGAGCGGAAUGUGAUAACCAACUGGAAUCACCAGGAGCAGAUCUUCGACUACAUAUUCACCAAGAUGGGAUUCGAUGGACAGGACAAGAUCGACCACCCAAUCAUCCUCACAGAGGCGCUGGCCAACCCCAACUUUUGCCGCCAGCAGAUGAACGAGCUGCUCUUCGAGUGCUACGGUAUUCCGUCUGUAUCCUACGGCAUAGAUGCGCUCUACAGCUGGAAGCAUCAUCAGCAAAAGCAGAAAAAUAUAUCCGAUGCCCUGAUCAUUUCCUUUGGCUACAGCACCACCCACGUCAUUCCCGUGUUAGAUGGCAAACUCCAGCUGGAGCAUGUGCGUCGCCUGAAUGUGGGUGGCUACCACAUCAUCACCUACCUCUUCCGGCUCAUGCAAAUGAAGUAUCCCGUCCAUCUGAAUGCCAUCACCAUCAGUCGUAUGGAGAAAUUGGUCCAUGAGCACUGCCACAUUGCUGUUGAUUACAAGGAGGAGCUGGUGCAAUGGGCCCAGAUGGACUAUUACGACGAGCACAUAAUGAAGAUACAACUGCCGUACAAUGCGGUGACCGCCACUAACGCCAUGCUAACCGCUGAGCAGAAGCAGGAGAAGCGUCGCGAGCUGGCACAUCGUCUGCUGGACAUAAAAAAAAACCGGGAGCAGGAGAAACUGCGCGAGGAUGAGCAGCAGUUAUUCGUCUACAACAAGCUGAGGCAACUGUACGAGCAGAAAAAGCUGGACAAGUUUGAGCGAGCUCUACAGCAACAGCAGAUUGGUACAUUGGAGGACUUGGAUUCCCUCAUUGCAACCAUAAACUCGCGUAUUAAGCGUGCCCAGGAGAGAGCUCAGAGUGGCCCGCGCCCCAGCAAGCAGCAGGAGAGGCUGAACAAGAUGCCGAAACCUCCAGAGGGCAUGUCCCAGGCGGACUGGUUGGCCGAACUCCAGGGCAAGCGGGAGAAAAUACUCGGGCGCAAGCAGGCGCGCCAGCAGCAGCGAUCCGAGCAGGCCAAGCGACACACCCACGCCGCGCAGGAACGGAUGCGAAUCAUUUCAUCACUGGCCAAGAACGAGAAGCGGCGCAAGGCGAACGGCGAGGAAGAGGACGAUGGCUUUGGGAUGAACGACAACGACUGGGAUGUGUACAAGCGAAUCAAUCGCUACAACGACGACAGCGAUUCGGAUGCAGAUAACGAAAAGUUGAUGCAGUUCGAUAAGAUCCUAAAUCACUAUGAUGCCAACACCGAUGGCAACUCCAAUGUUCCGCCACAGAGUGCCGCCGAGAACUACCAGCUGCACUUUGGGGUUGAGAACAUUCGCGUGCCGGAGGUUCUAUUCCAGCCCAGCAUGAUUGGUUGCUCAGAGGCGGGGCUAGCAGAACUAAUAGCAUUCGUGCUGAAGCUAUUUCCCGCCGCUGAGCAGCAGCGCCUGGUUGAGCACGUGUACCUAACCGGCGGUUGUGCCCAAUUCAAGGGUCUCAAGGAGCGACUAAUCAAGGAGCUCAUGGAAAUGCGACCGUUUCAAUCAAAGUUCGCCAUCUACGAGUCGGAUGAGCCAACUUUAAGCGCCUGGCUGGGAGCAUGUGUGCACGCAGGAGAGCCCACCUUCGGUCAGACGCUGACCACGCGUCAGGACCACCAGGAGCAUGGCAGAGAGUUCUUUCGGGAGCACACAGCUAGCAAUAUCUUUUAUCCUACACCAAAAGAUUAACAUUUAUUUGAAAGCACCGAAAAAUACAUGUAGACGCUUAAAAAAGAAGUU